AUGUCUCUCGACACAUUUGUGAAGGGCACGAAGUGCUGGUUCACGGAUGACAAGGAAGGCUGGAUCGGUGCCUCACUGACCACCAAAGACCUUGCCGCCGAUGGAAAAGUAACCCUGACCUUUGUCGACGACGAUGAAAAGGAACAUGUCUUCUCGUCCACACUAGCCAAAAUAAAAGAAAGCAACGAUACCAUACUACCUCCCUUGCGCAACCCUCCACUGCUGGAAGGAACCGAGGAUUUGACCAAUCUCUCAUACUUGAACGAACCUGCCGUCCUUAGCAACAUCAGAACCCGCUAUUCACAUUGCAACAUCUACACCUACUCGGGAAUCGUCUUGAUUGCCGCCAACCCCUUUGCCCGCGUCAACCUCUACAGUCAAGAUAUUAUCCAGGCCUACUCUGGAAGGAGACGUGGUGAACUGGAACCCCAUCUCUUUGCUAUUGCCGAGGAUGCCUACCGCUGCAUGAUCCGUGAUGAAAAGAAUCAGACCAUCGUCGUAUCUGGAGAGAGUGGUGCCGGUAAGACCGUCAGCGCAAAGUUCAUCAUGCGGUACUUUGCUACCGCUGACGACAGUGACCGAGAUCAGGAUUUAUCCAAGGUUGGAAUGAGCGAGACUGAGGAGCAGAUUUUAGCCACCAACCCCAUUAUGGAAGCCUUUGGAAACGCCAAGACCACCCGCAACGACAACUCUUCACGAUUCGGGAAGUUCACAGAAAUUCAGUUCGACAAGAACCGCAACAUUAUCGGUGCCAGGAUCAGAACAUAUCUGCUGGAGCGAUCCCGUCUCGUGUACCAGCCCGAGCACGAGCGUAACUAUCACAUCUUCUACCAGCUGGUCGCAGGAGCCCCACCAUCAGAAAAAAAGGAGCUUGACCUGCAGUCCAUCACACAAUUCAAUUACCUGAAGCAGGGCGGUGUCCAGACCAUCAUUGGCGUCGACGAUGCAGCCGAAUUCGAGAUUACCCAGCGCUCCCUCUCGACCAUCGGUAUCUCUGUCCAUGUGCAAUGGUACAUCUUCCGCAUCUUGGCUGCCCUACUGCACAUCGGUAAUAUCCAAGUCACCGGCCGUAACGAUGCCAUAAUCAAUGAUGAGGAUCCGUCCUUGAUCACCGCAGCUCGCGUCCUCGGUAUUUCCCUCUCAGAAUUCAAGAAGUGGCUCGUCAAGAAGCAGAUCGUAACCCGCUCUGAGAAGAUUGUUUCCAGCCUGAAGCCUGACCAGAGUUUAAUCGUCCGUGACUCUGUGGCCAAAUACAUCUACUCCUCCUUGUUCGACUGGCUUGUCAACAACAUCAACUCUAGUCUUUCCAGUGACGCCGUUGCCAGCCAAAUCCACUCCUUCAUCGGUGUUCUUGACAUUUACGGUUUCGAGCACUUCAAAAAGAAUUCGUUUGAACAGUUUUGUAUCAACUAUGCCAAUGAGAAGCUGCAGCAGGAAUUCAACCAACACGUCUUCAAGCUGGAGCAAGAGGAGUAUGUCCGAGAGAAGAUCGACUGGAAGUUCAUCGAGUUUAGCGAUAAUCAACCCUGUAUUGAGAUGAUUGAGGGAAAGCUCGGUGUACUCACCCUUCUGGACGAGGAGAGUCGUCUGCCUUCAGGCUCGGAUCAAGGCUGGUGCAACAAGCUAUUCACACAGUUCGGCACUGAAAAGUACAAGACGUGGUUCGCCAAGCCUCGCUUCUCCAAUAGCGCAUUUACGAUCUCUCACUAUGCCCACGAUGUCACAUACGAGUGCGAGGGCUUCUUGGAAAAGAAUCGCGAUACCCUUCCAGAGGAGCUGCUGAACCUGCUCAAGAACUCAGAUAACGAAUUCUUGCAGGAAGUUCUUCUGACCAGUGCUACUCUUGGGGUCGGAGGAAGUUUAUCUGAAGAUAAGCGCAGGAGCGUCAUCAACCGCAAGCCCACACUGGGCUCGAUCUUCAAAGGCUCACUUAUUCAGCUCAUGGACACAAUCAACUCGACCAAUGUCCAUUAUAUCCGCUGUCUCAAACCCAACGAGGCCAAGCAGCCAUGGGGCUUUGAUGCCCCCAUGGUCUUAGGUCAGCUUCGUGCCUGCGGUGUCCUGGAGACGAUUCGCAUCAGCUGUGCUGGCUACCCCUCACGCUGGUCCUUUGAAGAAUUUGUGGAGCGCUACUACAUGCUGGUCAAUUCGGAGCACUGGGGCUUUGACACGCAAAAGAUGUGCUCUGCCAUUCUCGAGGCCACCAUCAAGGAGGCCGACAAGUACCAGAUCGGUCUCACCAAGAUCUUCUUCCGUGCCGGUAUGCUCGCCUAUAUGGAGAAUCUGCGCGCGGAAAAGUUGAGCGCGUACGCGACCAUGAUUCAGAAGAACAUGCGCCGCUUCAUCUGCCAGAAGAGGUACAGUACCAUCCGCUCUGCUGUCGUCAAGCUUCAAUGCUUUGCUCGCAAGGUCCAUGCCCAAAAGGAGGCCCGUAUCCUCCGCGAGGAGCGUUCUGCGACCCUACUCCAGACCUUUAUGCGUGGCUACGUCCAGCGCAAGAAGUUCAUCCAGACACGCAACCACAUUCUUCAGAUCCAGUGUGCCAUCCGUGCCAAGGUCGCCCGUACUGCCUUCCAGACACUCCGGGAAACGAACGGUGCCACCAGGAUUCAGCAGAUCUGGCGAGGAAUGCAGGCGCGUCGCGCGUACAAGAAGGAGGUCAAGGCCAUUGUCCUGGUGCAGUCUUGCAUCCGUCGUAACAAGGCCAAGAAGGAACUGGCGGUCCUCAAGGCCGAGGCUCGUUCUGCGAGCCAUUUCAAAGAAAUUUCAUAUCGCCUUGAGGGAAAAGUGGUGGAGCUGACGCGGGCUUUGGACCUGGCGCUUCAGCGGAACAAACAUUCCGACUUGCAGGUAGCGAGUCUAGGAAACCAGGUCCAACAAUGGAGAGAACGAUACGAAUCAUUACAACAAUCCAAGUCGAAGGAGAUUGCACUUGCUGCCGAGAACCCUACUGUACCCAAGGCGGAAUACGAGAGUUUGAAAGCAGCGAAUACCAAAUUACAGUCCCAAUAUGAAGAGUCGAUUGAGAAGACGCAGGCUCUUGAGCAGGAGAUCCUCAAGCUCACGGACUCGCUCGCCAAGACCAAGGAAGAGGUCAGCAAACUAGCGGCCCAGGUCAAAAUCAAGCCCGACGACUCCGAGAGCGUGGUCGCUCUCAAACGCGAGAACCAAUACCUCAAGGACCAGCUGGCACAGCUUUCCAAGGCCACUGGUCGCGAUACCUCCAGCUUCCCUGUCACAUCCAAGGUCAUGUCGCCUCCUAACAGCAACACGGCUACGAUGCCUCCUGCUUACAGCUCCCAUUCAGUCAACAGCCACACCGUUGAUAAGUAUGAAAGCGCAUAUUCGUUUGCCAAGGAGAUGCACCCCCACAAGGUCACUGCGCUGCCACCGCCCGUCAGCAUCCCGCAUGCUAACGGAGUCCGGACCGCUGCCGCAAAGAUCAGCCGCAACCGCAGCAACAGCACGCCCGAUAUCGCCGCUCUAGAGACCAUCUUCAAGCCUCAAAAGACCACCAACAGCGUCUUUGACAACUUGGACAACCAUAGCAGAAGCGCCAAAACGAUGUCGAGCGAUGACUGGUCCCGUCAUGUGCCUCGUGGCCGACCUAGCAUUCACAGCCUGGUUGAGCAGCCCGAAGUGGAGAUUAUGCGGAUUCUGAAGGACGAGGAGGGCCUACAGGAGGAAGUCCUAAACGGACUGAUAAAGAACGUCAAGAUUCCAUCACCCAGCCAUUCGACUCUGCCUCAGCCCAACGAAGUCCUGGCUCCAUCCCACUUGAUUGGUCUUUUGACGACGCAGAUGUGGAAGCAUGGCUUUGUUAAGGAGUCGGAGCGUCUGAUGAUUAAUGUGAUGCAGGCUAUCCAGCUGCAGUCCAUAUCGAUCUCGGGCGAUGAGUCGAUCAUCCCCUGUGCAUACUGGCUCUCGAACGUGCACGAGCUCCUGUCGUUUAUCUGCCAGAGCGAACAAGAGAUCACUCGCGAGGAGUAUAUUGCGCGCGGCAACGCGGGUCUCUGGAACGAAUACGAGCUACUAGUGUCGACAAUCAAGUACGAACUCGAGUGCCUGGAGUACAACAUUUUCCACGUCUGGAUGAAGUCGUUGAAGAAGCAACUCCACAAGAUGAUCAUCCCUGCGAUCAUUGAGAGCCAGGCCCUUCCAGGAUUCAUCACGAACGACUCUGGACGGUUCUUUAAUAAGUUGAUCGGAUCGAGCCCUACGUUCAGCAUGGACGAUCUGCUGUUGUUGUUCAACAAGGUCUGGAGGGCUAUGAACUGCUAUUAUGUAGAGCACACUGUGAUCGAGCAGGUGAUGACGGAGCUGCUGAAGAUGGUGGGAGUGGCAGGAUUCAACGACCUGUUGAUGCGCCGGAACUUCUGCACAUGGAAACGAGCGAUGCAGAUCCAGUACAACAUUACUCGAAUUGAGGAAUGGUGCAAGGGACGUGACUUGCCAGAGGGUACGCUUCAGCUGGAGCAUCUGAUGCAGGCAACGAAGUUGCUGCAGCUCAAGAAGGCAUCGCUGAGCGACAUUGAGAUCAUUUACGAUGUGUGCUGGAUGUUGACGCCGAGCCAGGUGCAGAAGCUGGUACAGAACUACAUGAUUGCGGAUUAUGAGGUGCCAGUGAGUCCGGAUCUGAUCAAGGCGAUUGCGAUGAGGGUGGCAGCGCAGGAGAAGAACGACACACUGAUGCUGGAUGCCAUUUCCUUGGACGAUGCAGGAUCAUUUGAGACGCCUGAGCUGAGGGAGAUAGAUGUCGAAUCUGAGCGAUACCUGCCUCCUUGGCUCGUUGAUUUGAGCCGAUUGAAGUCCCUGAUGCACCUGGUCGUGGUGUAA